AUCAGAGCGGAUGGAAGCUCAGCUGUGCUCGAGUUAUGGGGGUUUGGGUAAUUUGAAGGUAAUGCUCCUCCUAACGCGCUGUGAUGCUGAAGCCUACAGCAGCGCUGAAGCGCGACUCGUUGGACAGCUUCUGUACUUGAGGAUAAAAAUCGAUUUAAACAAACUAAAAGAGACGCGGGAGAAAACAAGGCAGAGCUCGUGCCGCGCUGGGAGGACUUCCGAUCCUCGCGCUCUGUCCUCGCGCUGUUCGGUGGUAAAGUCGCGCGGUGACCCUCGACAGAAGGAUGAGGCUGUGGUUUCUCCUCAGACAUCUUCUCUGCGUUGUGUUCUCACUCCCCAACGCAAUGCACGCUGAAACAGUUCUUCCUCCAGAGUGUGUGCCUGGUGGCCACUUGGUUCUGCAGAACCCCUACCGCAGCACCACCUUCAGCUCCAGCAGCCUGCAGCAGUCAGAGCUGCAGGACUUCAUCUGCGACCACUCUCUCACACCAGGGUGGUACCAGUUUCAGAUUUUUGACAAGCGGGCCAGUAUGCCCACACAGUGUGUGGAGGUAAACCAUUGUGGGACCCAGGCUCCGGUGUGGCUAUCUCUGGAUGACGGUCAGACCCUUCCAGGACCGCUGGAGGUAAGGCAGCUGAGAGCCUGCGCUGCCUGGCAGAUCUUUCAGAGCAACAGCAAAGACUGCUGCAUGUUCCGCAUCCCGAUCACCGUCCGGAACUGUGGAGAUUUCUAUGUUUACCUCCUGCAGCCCACAGCGGGAUGCAUGGGCUACUGUGCACAAGAGAUGUCGGAAACGUUGCCCACAAUGUCUCCCCUGUGUGGUCCUGACGAGGUGAAUGUUGGUGGAUUAUGUAAAACUAAGCAGCCUCCCGCCUUGUCCGUGCCUGUGAUUGUCUCAGAAGUGAAAGGUAACACAGUCCACCUGAAGUGCAGCUUUGACAGCAGCUCCAGCAGCUCCCUGGGUUAUGUGGUAACCUGGUCACGCCUCUCACCUGAGGGCAGGAAGGAGGAGCUCAGACAGGAGACCACCAUCCACACUUCUGCCUUUAUUGAGCUGGAUGGCUUCAACCUCCGGUUGGGGAACAAGAUUUACUGCUCCAGCUCCAGUUUCUUGCUGGAAUCACCAGAUAAUUGGAGCACUCCAGUGGAAAGUCAGGAGUUUUUAGCUGGUAUAAAGUUACAGCCCGAAGUGAGCCGUGUGUCUGAGGCUGGGAGGCGGUAUGAGCUUCUGAUUGAGAGCACGGUUCCUGUUCCAUGUCCAGACGGUUCUUUCUCUUCUAUGGAAAAGUGUGUUUUGUCUCUGCAGCUCAGCACAAGCAGUCAAGAUGAGGAUUUGUUGGGGGCAGAUUUGUCUCUGUCAUCAUGUAAAGUGGAUCUGUCCCAGGGCCCCUGCAGCGACGGAGUCUGUAGUCGGGAUCUAAUUCACUUCAGCCCCAACACGGACUUUGUCAAAGAGGGUGAAAGGACCAGUUACAUCUCAGUAAAUCCCAUCAUCACACAGAACUUUCUUUGGAACGGAUAUUCACCAGAACCUGUUCAAAUAAACGUGAAAGAAGUUCCCCCAGCAUAUUGCUACUCCUUCACAGACCCCCACAUUAUCACUUUUGAUGGCAGAUACUACGAGAACUAUCAAAUAGGCACCUUUGUUCUCUACAAGAGUAACCUUUGGCCCUUUGAGGUCCAUGUCCGUCAGUGGGAAUGUGGCAGCCUGGUGCACGCAGCCUCCUGUGUGUGUGGCUUUGUGGCGAGAGAUGGAGGCGAUGUUAUUGCGUUUGACAUGUGCAACGGCGAGAUGCACAAAACUAAGCCUCAUCUGUCUGUGAAGAGCAGACACAGGAGUAAGAGCAGCAUUCGGAUCAGUGAGUCCUACCAAGGACGCAAAGUCACUAUCACGUUCUCCUCUGGAGCAUUUGUUCGUGCCGAUGUCUCUAACUGGGGGAUGAGUUUGACUCUGAGGGCCCCGAGUUCAGACCAGAAUCACACCGAGGGUCUGUGUGGGACAUAUGAUGGACAGCCGGACAAUGACUUCCACUCAGCAGGGGGCGCUACACUGGAGCUCCUUCAGGAUUUUAUAUCUGAGUGGAGACUUCCUGCAGGCAGCAGUUUGUUUGACUCCGUGCCAGCCCAUGUGAACACACCAAGUAUCCACAGUUACUGCAGCUGUCAAGCAGAUCAUCUCAAAUCAUCUCCCGUAUCUGGAUCCCCUCAGAUCUCCUCUGACUCCACCUGCACCAAUCAUAGACCUGUCCACUUUCAGAGUUUCAUCCCCACUCUAGAUGUCACAGCUGAGUAUAUCCGUUCAGUCGAGCUACAGAAAGGAAAUGAAAGACAACAGCUCACUUUGGGUCGCUUGCACAGAAGGUUUCAAAGUACUGAUAUGCAAGGUACAUCCACAGGUGCAACAUCAUCUUCAGCUCAGCACCAAAGCUUGAGCUCGUCUGAUCUGAAGAGCUUCUCGUACUUUUUCCCAGAGGACCAUGAAAAAUCUGUUGAACCAGGCCCUCCAUUAGAGUGGCCAACUCCUUCUGGUCUAACUCAGCAGCAGGCUCAGGCUAAGUGUGAGCAGACUGUGGAAAACUCGAGCAUCGCCGUUGGCUGCAGGCUCCUGUUAGAGGAUUCAAUAAUCGGCCGAGCUGUGGCCAUGUGUGUCGCAGACCUGCAGCUGAAAGAUGAGCUGUCAUGGCUGAAUGCGACCUUACCGCUGCUGGAGAACGAGUGCGAGCGAAAGCUGGUACAGGAGCAGAGGAGACCGGGGGAGCACCGAGAGGCUGCGUCCAUCCUCAGGUGUCCGAACCUGUGCAACUGGAACGGCCAGUGCUCCGAUUGGGGCUGUGUCUGCUUCCCUGGAUUCAGUUCAUAUGACUGCAGCCAGCAGAUGGACCAGAUUCCAGAGAUCACCAAGUUGAUGAAGGAGGGUCUGUGUAACGUCCGUCAAGAAGACUGCUCCACCAUCCAGGUCUUUGGUCAAGGUUUUGAAGACUCCAGCCAACUCAUGUGUGAGUUUGUUAAAGAAAAGAUUGAAGAUGGGGAGUGGGUCAUGGUUGCUCCCCAGUUUGUUCAGGCCACUUUUCGGAAUGAUACAGGUCUCGAGUGCCGGCUUCCCGUGGAGGACAACCAGGCUCCUGCAGACAUGGACUUGGAAACGAUGACAAACAGAGCUGUUACUCGCUGGCAGAUCAAAGUUUCAAAUGAUGGCUACAGCUACAGCAACGGCAAGAUCCUGACUCUGUAUGACGGAGCCUGUCAGAUCUGCAGCCUCGACACAGAAAUAAUUUGUACCCUCAGGGAUAAGACCUGCAUCAUUGGGGGUUUGUGUUACAGUGAAGGGGAGUCUAGUCCCAGCAGUCCUUGCUUCACGUGUCGUCCCGAUCUGUCCAAAAACACAUGGAUGACAGCUGAGAAGAAUGAGCCUCCCUUGUUCCAGCCACCACAGAUUACUCUCCGUACCUUCCAGGAGGAAAAUUUCAUUUACCAGCUACAAGCUCAGGACCCCGAGGGGUCCACGGUUAUUUUCAGCCUGGUAUCAGGUCCUAAAGGGGCUUUGCUCACUUCAGCUGGACUGCUGAUGUGGACGGCUACCUCUGAACCCACAGACACCCACACUUUCCAGUUUACUGUGACUGACGCCUGCAGCUUCGAGACCCCUGCCUCUGUCGAGGUUUCCGUUCGGUCCUGCGAAUGUCUAAACAAGGCGUCCUGCAUCACCGAUGUGAACUUCCCCAUUGGAAGUGGGGAAUAUGUCUGCGUUUGUCCUGAUGGAUUCACGGGACAGAGAUGUGAGGUCGACAUAGAUGACUGCAAACCAAACCCCUGCAGACUGGGCCGCUGCAUCGAUGGACCCAACUCUUUUUCCUGCGUCUGCCCUCCUGGAAUGACGGGACGAACAUGUAGAGAAGAUAUUGACGAGUGCCUUCUCCAGCCAUGCUUCCCUGCAGUGAGCUGCAGCAACACAAUGGGCUCCUUCAUCUGUGGAUCCUGUCCACAAGGAUUCAGUGGUGACGGGAAAAUCUGCCAAGGCUCUCCAGAGGCAACGCCAGUGAGGGUGCUGCAGGUUUCCCGGAGACCCAUACCAUCAGGUCUUUCGCCGUGCAGCAGAGCGCCGUGUUACCCGGGGGUUCUGUGUUUUGAGAGCGUUCUUGUUUCAGCUGGUUUCGCCUGUGGACCCUGUCCUCCUGGUCUCCAAGGAAACGGACAAACGUGCACAAAAACAGGUCAGGCAACACUCAACAGUGGAGCAAAUCGUUGGACUCACAAUCCUCUAUCUAAUUCCACCCAUGAAAGGAUCCACACCUCUUCUUCUCCUUCGUCUCCUGCCUCACACAACCAACCACUUGACCGGAAGUGGAGACCAGAGGCGACCAGCUCUGGCUCCAGGAGAGCUUCUUUCAAAGACAAAGAGCCCACUGGUACUCCUCAGAACAAAACAGCAACUCAAGUGUUUGCUCCCACUGUCCACAGGGGGCAGCACAGCAGGCUGAGGCUGUCCUCCGAGCUCUCUUCUGGAGUCAGAUGGAUGUCAGACCGCCAUCAUGUAACCUGUGCUGACUCUCCCUGCUUUCCUGGUGUUUCCUGUGAGCCCACGUGCUCAGGAUCCUUCAGGUGUGGACGCUGCCCGUACGGCUAUACCGGAGAUGGAGUCAUAUGUAAAGCUGUUUGCAGAUAUCAGUGUGGGCAGAACAUGGAGUGCUCUGUGCCCAACCUCUGCACCUGCAAAGAGGGUUACACCGGAUACAGCUGUCAGAUAGCCGUGUGUCGACCUGACUGUCAGAACCAGGGGAGGUGUGUGAAACCCAACGUGUGUGAAUGUCCUGUGGGCUACAGCGGCCCUUCCUGCGAGGAAGUGAGCUGCGAGCCGCCGUGUCAGCAGGGAGGCACUUGUCUGGCCAGAAACCUUUGUACCUGCGCCUAUGGCUACGUUGGGCCCAGAUGUGAAAUCAUGGUGUGUAACAGGCACUGUGAAAACGGAGGCGAGUGUGUUUCUCCAGAUGUCUGCAGAUGUAAACCUGGCUGGUACGGACCAACAUGCAGCUCAGCUCUGUGUAACCCCGUCUGUCUGAAUGGAGGAUCAUGUGCAAAGCCCAACAUCUGUGCCUGCCCCAGUGGCUUUUUUGGCUCUCAGUGCCAAAUUGCUGUUUGCAGUCCACCCUGUAAAAACGGAGGACAGUGUAUGAGAAACAACGUGUGCUCCUGCCCUGAAGGUUCCACAGGGAGAAGGUGCCAAAACAGUGUUUGUGAGCCGAUGUGCAUGAACGGAGGCAAGUGUGUUGGAACGAACACAUGCUCUUGUGCUUCCGGCUGGAGGGGGAAGAGGUGUAACAUGCCUGUUUGUUUGCAAAAGUGUAAAAAUGGAGGCGAAUGUGUCGGACCGAACACUUGUCACUGUCCUGCGGGCUGGGAAGGUCUGCACUGUCAAACACCGAUCUGUAAAUGGCCGUGCCUGAAUGGGGGGCGAUGUGUUUUACCCGACCACUGCCACUGUCGGAGAGGCUUCAAAGGCCUCACUUGUGCUGUAAAGGCAUCACCUGUAUGAGAAAACAAGGAGAAUUAUGAUGACAAAACAAGAGGAACGCUCCAAAUUCUGUGUUUUUAAGUGUUUGUCUCAGUGUACGAUAGAGAGCAACAUGUACUUACACGUCCACAUUUAAACUCUGACUGAGGGACAAGAUUUGUUGCAUUUGUGUUUUUGUGCCUGCAUUUCACUUCCUCAGAUGUAUAUGUACAGUGGAUAUGUACACACCCCUGUCAAAAUGUCAACCUUUUCUUAAUUUGACAUGCUGAAUGACCUGUACAAUCCAACAGAAAAACAAAUCUAUUUGGUGAAUAUCAAUAGCUAUUCGUUUUUAACUAAACCUUUAACUAAUAAACAACAUGAUGCAG